CAUGGGUUCAUGGAUGUUAGUCAUCUAUCGUAUUUUCUUCAUCCUUCCCCCCAUUUCUCUCAUCUAAUCAUGGUUCAGGAGUUGUGCAUCCGGUAAAGAUUCUGUUUCAAGAGUGGACUGGCCGGCCCCAAAUGAAAUACCAGACGAUGAAGCACUUGCGCUUAUAGAGAAUCUGGAUUAUGAAAAGAACCGUCUGGGAGACUGGUCAGAUCCUAUCUUCCACCCUAACGCGUGGCGCAUCAACUCGGACACUGUCCUGAAAAGAACAAUACCGCUCGACUACGUUUCUACAUAUGAACCAUAUCUCAUGAUGCUGGUCUCAUCUCAAACGACUAUACCGGUCCCCAGGCUACGAAAAUACGUCCUCCAUGAGAGCGAACUAUGGAUCUUCAUGGAAUAUAUUGAAGGUCGCACUCUCGAAGAAGCCUGGGACACACUCGGUAUCACCAUGAAGCUUUGGGUUGCGUGGACUCUCAGAGGCUAUAUACGACAACUUCGACUGAUACCAAUACCUACGCCACGCGUCCCAGGGCCGACAGAUGGCUCGGGCAAACCUCUGCGAUGUAAAGGACACUUCUUCCCUGAGAUUGGCGCAGGCCCUUUCGCGUCAUAUGCCGAUCUGUCUGCUUGGUACACUCGCAGAGCUGAUCGCGCCGUACGCUUGGACUAUGAGUGGUCAAAGUAUCGAGGCAAGACGCCCUCUCUGUCCCACAGUUCGCUCCAUUUCGAUGAUUCCGAGCCACUCGUCCUUACACAUGGCGAUAUCUCACUCCGGAACAUUAUACUAGGGAAGGACGGGAGGUUGUGGCUAAUCGACUGGGGAUGGGCAGGCGUAUAUCCACAAUGGCUUGAAUACGGUUCUAUGAUGAUGUACACUGAAAGGAGCGGACUCAAACCGCGGCUGUGGUUCUGGUUGGUACCGUUCAUGGCUGGGUGGUAUAGGUCACAAUACCGUUUCCUUCGCGCGCUGGAUCAUGCACUCACAUUUUAUGAUUAA